AAACACUAAAUAAGUAAAAUAAUAAUCAAUGCAACAAAUCUCUUUCGUUUUCAUUUGAUUUCAUUUCAUUUCUCUCUCUUGGUUCUGGUAUUUCUUUUUUUCUUUCUUUCCUUCCUUUUUCCGCUCAGAUCCUCUCAACUAGAAAGAGGGUUUGUGCUGCAACCUCUAGGGUUUUCCAUCAUCAUUAUCAUCAUCUCAUUCUCGGAGCUUCGAAUUUCUUUCCCCAUUCGAAGCUUCGAGAAACAUCAUCAAUCUAUUUCCCAAUUCCUACAUUUUAGAAACCGAAAAAAGACAAAAUAAAAACGGAGAACAAUGACUCAGAAAAUUCAUCUCAAUAAGGAUUCAAAAGAGUUGGAGUUUUUCACCGAGUAUGGGGAAGCCAACAGAUACAAGAUUAUUGAGAUUGUUGGAAAGGGUAGUUAUGGAGUUGUUUGUGCGGCAAUUGACACGCACACCGGGGAAAAGGUCGCAAUAAAGAAGAUUCAUGAUGCCUUUGAGCAUAUCUCUGAUGCGGUUAGAAUCCUCCGUGAAGUUAAGUUGCUAAGACUUUUAAGACACCCUGAUAUUGUUGAUAUUAAGAGGAUUAUGUUGCCGCCUUCAAAGAGAGAGUUUAAAGAUAUUUAUGUGGUCUUUGAGCUCAUGGAGUCUGAUCUCCAUCAAGUCAUCAAAGCUAAUGAUGAUUUAACCCGUGAUCACCAUCAGUUUUUUCUUUAUCAGAUGCUACGUGCGUUAAAGUAUAUGCAUUCGGCUAAUGUGUACCACAGAGAUCUCAAGCCCAAGAAUAUUUUGGCAAAUGCAAACUGCAAACUCAAAAUCUGUGAUUUUGGACUUGCAAGAGUUGCAUUUAAUGAUGCCCCAACAUCGAUAUUUUGGACGGAUUAUGUUGCUACAAGAUGGUAUAGAGCCCCGGAGCUUUGUGGAUCAUUCUCUUCUAAGUACACACCUGCAAUUGAUAUAUGGAGCAUUGGAUGCAUUUUUGCUGAGGUGCUGUUGGGAAAGCCAUUGUUUCCUGGUAAAAGUGUCGUCCAUCAGUUAGAUUUGAUUACUGACCUUCUUGGGACACCAUUGCCUGAAACUAUUGCAGGAGUUAGAAAUGAUAAUGCAAGGAAGUACUUGUCGAGAAUGCGGAAGAAAUCUCCUGUGCCAUUUGAACGAAAAUUCCCAAAUGCUGAUCCAUUGGCACUUCGCCUUUUGCAAAGGCUUUUAACAUUUGAUCCAAAGGAUCGACCGACUGCCGAACAGGCACUAGCUGAUCCUUACUUCAAGGGCUUGGCAAAAGUUGAGAGAGAACCUUCAUGUAAGCCAAUCUCAAAAUUGGAAUUUGAGUUUGAGAGGAGACGGAUAACAAAAGAAGAUGUUAGGGAGCUAAUGUAUCGGGAAAUACUGGAAUAUCAUCCUCAAUUGCUCAAAGAAUACAUGAAUGGAAUUGAAGGCGCCAAUUUCCUCUAUCCUAGUGCAAUUGAUCAAUUAAGAAAGCAAUUUGCUCAUCUUGAGGAAAAUGAUGGUAAAAGUGGACCAGUGCUUCCGACCGAAAGAAAGCAUGUUUCGCUUCCACGGUCCACUGUUCACUCUAGUUCAAUUCUUCCAAGUUAUCAGCCAACCUUUGUUUUGCAUGAGAACAAGAAAAUGGUAGAAGAGACGUCUAAGGGUUUGAGAGCAGUAGUUGAAAAUUCUGGAUAUCAAAUAAUAGGUGUACAACCUCCACCACGAGUGCCAGCUAAGCCAGGCAGAGUUGUUGGCCCAGUUCUACACUAUGAAUAUGCAAGAAUCUUUAACGAACCAAGGGUAGUUUGCCAAAAUACUACUCAAGCAGUCUCGAGUCACGAUGUCUUUAGAACCCAUCCCCUAAACCAUAAGACUACAUCAGAUAUACACAAGGACUUUUCACAAGGCAAAAAUGAAUUCCCAUCCCAACAAUCCGACUUACAAGCCAAACCAACCACCUAUUUGAACAAUAACCCAUACUGCCGGCAAAGCAAUAACAGUAACCUAAAUGGUAUUGUAACAGCUUAUGAUGCCAAAUUGAUGCGGGCACAAUCUCACCUUGGUGUAGUUGAUGCUGCAGCAGUAGCGGUUGCCGCUCACAGUCACAGGUAUUCAAGGAGUAUUCAGUACAGUUUGUCCUAGGCUUGGAGACCAUCAUGAGUGUGAAAGCUACUAUGCUUUAUAGCCCCGGAUUGGAGGGAUGGAGGUUUAGUAACUUUAGAUGGGUUUAGGUUUUCACUUUUUUUACUUUUGAAUGAUCACCAUCCUUGUAAUUAUAUGUACAAUAUUCAAUUGAUUAAUAAAGAAAAUUCAUUGUCUCUCUCUGA